AUGUAUCUGCCCAACUCAUCGUUCCAGAAUGAUCCAAACUAUGAAUCAGCAGUGCAGGAUAUUGAACAGGAGAAGAAGAUGGUGGCUGCUUUGAAACGAUUAUCCAUUGGGAAUCUAAUGCAGUAUGAUCCAGAUCUUCCUCCAGGUUCAAUGGAUGACGUUGAUCCAUUUGCUACAUCUACUUAUUUACAAGCAGGAGGUGGCGAAUUUUACGAUGAAGAUCUAAUACCUCAGCAAUCUCGACACGUUCACCCUUCAUCAGCAUCAACAUCAGCCACGGCAUCAAAAUCACCUUCGAAAUCACCAUCUUCAUCCACAUCACCACAGAGACAAGAGAAUUUGAAAGAAAUGUCACCAGUAAAAAGUAAUACGUCAAGUCCCAUUCGUUCACCACCAUCCCAUUUGCAUGCACCUCCCCUUUCAAAAAGUAAGUCACCUAGUCCUACUAAACGACACAGCUUGGCAAUGGAUAAUGACAGUAUAUUAACAACUGAUGAUGAGUUUUUUGAUGCCGCUGAGGACCAAGUCUAUGACGCAUCAAAUACGAUUUGGGUACCAGCUGAAAUGCAUCCACAAGUCAACCCUGAUUCUUUUAAGACAUUGAUUAAACAUCAAGUGGAAGAGAUCAUAGAUCGUAAUAUCAAGAGAAGAUCAACCAUAUCAAGGAGAUCAACGCUAUCUCGUCAAUCAUCCAUCACAGAGCGUGAAGAAGAGCCAUCAACGGUAAUCAGGGUUCCAAAAUCAGUACAACAAGAACCAUCACAAUCUGACCAGGAUCAACAACAACAACAACAACAACAACAAAUUUCCGGAACACCUUCUUUAAAAUCAUCUAAAUCUUCAUCACCACCUAAGGAUACCCCCAAGGAUACGCCAAAGAGAGAAUCUUGGUACAUCAAACAAAAGAGGUUUUCAAACCCGUCAUUGAGGGAAUUGACAACUGAGUUGCAACAAUUAUCUAAAAUGGCAGGAAUGGAUAAAAGUGAUGCAGUAACAAUUGCCAGAACCUUAUCCUCAAACUCGUUAGGUUAUACAGAUGUUGAAAAAUUGGCAUUUGACGAAUUGAACCACUCCCCACCCCAUGGAGACACAAAUGGGACCUCUUCAAGUACAUUACAUUUACAACAACGGUUACAACAACAGUUUAAUCAAUCCUGGGAUGAGGAUGAACCUGUUGAAGACGAGGACGAGCUGGAGGAGAUAUAUUCAAAUACUUUACCAGUGCAAGGUGUACCUCAUGAUUUUGCAUUGAGGCGAAGUAGACGAACUGAUUAUAGGAAAAAGGAUUUCGAACAUUCAAGUUUACCUGAUAUCCUGCCGUUGAGUGGGAAGCAUGCCAACCAACACAAUAGUCAAUUUCAACAAAGAGGUUAUAAAACGAGAGAUUCUCAACUAUUGUUUAGCUAUAAAAAGUUAAAUGAUGAAUCUCAACAGCAACAAUCACAACCCAUCAGACAUGCAUCGAAAUCACCAUCUCCACACGAUUCAAUCUUGGGAAACUCGUUCUCCACCUCAAGCGCUCCAGGUAGUCCAUAUGUGACAACACCUCAAAUCCUGAACCUUGAAAAUAGACCGGCUCACAAAUCCAAAGAGCUUCCAAAGUCACCCCGGUCAGACCCUUACUUAAGCAAUAGGUAUGGACCAGGAGGGUCGAAUCAAAAGCAUCAAGCUUCACAUAAACAAAAACAAACCAUUCAUCAAUCGGAUAUUCCCUUAGGUGGUCAGUAUCAAUACCGUCUGCGUCAACAAUACCCACAACAGCAUCAAAAUCGUAACGAAAAAGUCUUGCCAGGUUUACCACAGCAAUAUAGGCAACAAUAUGUGUCGAGUUCUCAGGGAAAUCAUCGCAACCAGUCCCCAUUCCAACAGGACAACUUACGUACAGAACAAUUACAGGGGUAUGAAUCUCGUUCAUUACAGAGAAAUGAAAAUCACCAUUUGCCUAGUCAAUCACGCACUAAACCUAAUGGUUCUCAUCACCAUGCAAGGCCAGAGAAGAAACUCGUGUCUGCGUCGAAUACCAAUAUUAACGAUUUCAUGAUUGAUACACCCACCAAACAGUCAAGGAAUCAUCAUAGGAGUUACAAAAGGGCUGAAUCACCUCGUCAUAGCUCACAAAGGCCUCAGCCAGAUGUGCCCAUGUUGUUCCCCAGUUCUAAAGACCGAAAAAGUAUUCGAGUACAGCAGCAGCAGCAGCAGCAGCAAUUGCCACAACAGCAACAACAUAGACUCCGUCAAAAUUCGCGUCCUGAUGCUACCGUACCGGCAAGAUCCAAACAAUUGCAUCAGAAUUUGGAUUUAUUAAGGUCGGAAAUUAAUGAAUUCAAGGAGAGUUUGAACAAGAGUCAUGAUAGUGAUAAGAAGUUGUCGGUGUGUGAAGCAGACACUAGCCGAAUGCAACAACAAUACCCACAGCAGUGUUCAAGCCAACUGAAGGAGUAUCAGCAAUAUCAGCAUAAUGCACAUAAGCUAGUUCCUCAUCAGAAGCAACCACAGCAAAAGCAAAGACUGCAACUACCAAAGAAUAUGCCUGACUCCGAUAUUAGUUUUGAUUAUAGCCUCCAAGACUUAUCUACUGAUGAUCCCUUGGGUAUUGAACAAGAUGCUUUGCGUGAAUUGGGAAGAAAGAAAGAGGGUAAUCAUGGCGAAGGUGAUAAUUUUGAGACAAACGUGGUUGGUGAAGAACAAUUGUCAUCGAGUGGCCAAAAAACCCCCAGUGAUGAAGAAUCACUUAAGCUAUCAACGCCUGAACGUGAGUUACCACUUGAGCAAUCGACACCAGAACAAGAAUUGCCUCUUAAACAAUCUACACCUGAAAAUGAUAUUGUCAAUGUGAAUGCAAAUGACGACUUGUUUGCCAAUAUACCUGAUGUUGAAGUUGAUGAUUUCUCCGAUUUAGAAGACGAGCCAAUUUUUGACACACCAGAAACAAUUGAAAAGACAGGGAACUUUAUCGAUGGACAGCCACCAUUGAAUAAAUUUCAGUUGUCAUCUGAUCAGUCCCUGAGUGCUAAUGAUUACAGUGAAGGAGGAGAUGCAGAACCAGUAGCAAAACUAAAUGAACCAUUUUUGAAAAAUUAUCAUCAAAGUGAUAUGGAGUCAUCAUCGCGAGUUAAGACUAGUUCCAAACCAACAAAAGUCAAUACCAAACUAUUCAAUAAAUCUAAUAUCCAAAUUAUCGAUUCGGAUAACUAUGAAGAAAAGAUGGGAUUUAAAAAGAAGAGUGGAUCAGAUGAUGGCCAGGGUGGUGGUAAAACUUUGAGAGUCAAAAAGAGUUUUGGUAGUAUUUUGUCAGGAGGCGGCAAUUUGGCUCCACCCAAUUCGAAUGAACAUGACUUCGAUGAUGAUAAGAAAUUGAAAAAGAAAAAGAGUUGGAAUUGGUUGAGGGAGAGAUCAUCUAGUUUAUCAUCAGUUGAGUCUAGUCAACACCAGUCAGCAUCAUCGAUUUCUGCUGCAAAUGGUAAAACUCCUAACCAAGGGAGAUCAUUUUCCAACCCCGAGCCAAGAGCAACAAUUGGCAAUAAGGGCUCAAGCAGUAAUAGUACAGCAAGAAAGUCAUCACUUGAACAUGAAGAUGUGGGUUCCGUUCAAUCGGAUAAGGAGAAUGUAUUGUCGAAAUUGUUCAAGAAGAAAUCCAAGGCAAAUUUGUCAAGUAGUAGCGUUAGUUCAUUACAUUCAGAGGAUAGUAAGAAUUCUGGAGUUACUGUCAAUUAUCAUGAUAAUGAGCAGAAAAACGUAAAGAAGAAAACCAGUGGAUUAUUCAAGAAACGAUCAAAGGCGAAAUUGGUCGACCAUAAUAGGGAGAGAUCGCCGUCGUUAUCAAAACAGGAUCAUUUGGUUGGUUCUUUUUUGAGCAAGAAAAGUAUUGAAAUAGUACUGCCCCAAUCAAGCAAACAUGAAGAGGUUGGCGAUGGUGAUGAUGAUGAAAUGGAGAGACAAGUGAAGCUUUUGCAUGAAUUAAAUCCUCAACAGUUGCAAAUGGUCAGAGGCGAAGAUGAAAAAGGAUUUGGCAACAGUGAUGACAAUGAGGGUGACCAUGAUGAUGAUGCGUUUGCUUCAUUUAACGACACUGUGGCUGUAUCAACAACAGGCGAGGAAGAGCACGACAUAAACGAUAAGGCCAAGUUGACAUCUAUUGAUAUAAAUAAUCUUGAUUCUAAUGAUAAUGCAGCUAAAUCGGGAUUAAAGAGUAAGAAACUGACGGUUAAGAAGCAUAAGCGGUACCGUCAUAGAAAGAAGGAAAAGGAGAAUAAUGAGGUAGAAGGUAUCAAAUCAAGAGAUGAUGCUACAACCACUGCACGUCAAAAUGAGUCGGCUGUAGUUGAAGUUACUGCAAUAAAAGAUGAGACUCAACAACAAGCGCCAGAGGAAGAGCCUCAACCAUCAAUUACAAUUGAUCAAGACACCAAUGAUGACUCCGCUGCUGCUGCUACUGCUACCGAUGGCGAAGAAGAUAAUACAACCAAAGAACAAGUACAGCAAUUGCAAAAGAUUGACAUUCAAGAAAAAUUGAAAAAAUCAAUCAAACGUACAUCAAAAGCUAACCAACCAAUUGAAUUCACUGAUUCAGCAUUUGGGUUCCCCUUACCACCACCUUCACAAUCAACUAUAGUUAUGCUUGAUUACCGGUUCCCCGUACAUGUUGAACGAGCAAUUUAUCGAUUAUCGCAUUUGAAAUUGGCCAAUCCUAAACGGUCAUUACGGGAACAAGUGUUGUUGUCGAAUUUUAUGUAUGCUUAUUUGAAUUUGGUUGAUCAUACUUUACAUAUGGAGCAACAAAUGGGAGGUGGCACUGGUGAAGAAGAAGAGGAAGAGGAGGAGGGCGAAGAACAAGAAGAUGGAGGUGGAAGUGGAGAAGAAGAAAGGGUUCGUGGUGAUGAUGAAGAUGAAUCGAUGGUUGAUCGAGAGCAACAAGGGAAAGCACAAGAGGAGAACGAAGAGGAAGAGGAGACUGCACUUGAUCAUUUUGGUACUGAUGGUGGAGUAGAUGUUGACUUUGGAGACGAUGUAGUUAUCGAUGAUUACGAUGUUGGAUUUUCGAGCCAGUCUCACUACAACCAUAGUGGGCAUGAUGAUGAUGAUGAUGACAUGGAAGAAGAAUUGUUGCAUAAUGAAGAAACGAUUCGGAUUACUGCAUAA